AUGUUGAUGCCCACCUUAGUUCUAUGGGAUGCAGGAUAUCAUUUAUAUACUUAUGGAUCCAUCUUCAUUAUUGUAUUAAUUAUUUGGCACAUGAAAAGGAGUCGUGGAGGGUUAAGGUUGGAACCUAUCAAGAACUGUUGCAAGUGUCACCGAAGAGUCAAACAAAGGCCUAGAGACAGAACAUCAAGAGUUAUGAGAACAUCCAAAGAAGAAGCUGAGAAGUUUCAGAAGCUGCUCUCUACCAUGAAAAGCCAGGGCUGGCUUCCUCAGGAGGGAAGUGUGCGGCAGCUCUUGUGUGCAGAUCCCUCCUGCAAAAUCUGCAAUGCUGUGGCUCUGGAGAUUCAGCAAUUGUUGGGAUUUGAGAACAAAAAGCCCUCCCCUAUUUUACUGAGGCCGUCACAGAGCUCUUCUUGCCUGGACACACUGUCUACAUCAAAAGUGAUGUUUGAGAAGAGUCAGGAGCUUUCCUCCCAGCACUCCAGAAACCUUUCAGUGGUAUUUGGCCAAACAUCAUCACAGUUAACAGGUCAGAAAUUGUCAACUCAGUCAGCUGCCCCAUCAACUGAUGAUGCCAACGUCCAGUGUUACAAUUCUGACCAUAAGCGAAAGCAGGGAUUUCAAGGGUCUAAAGUGUCCCAGGAUGCAGGUUCUCAGUCUUCUUCAAGUCUUGAAGAGCCUGGGGCUCCUUCAAAACAGCAAAAGAGGAGGAAGAACAAUACCUCAAGUGUCUCAAAGCAAAAAGCUCCAGAAGUUGAAGUGGAAAAUAAGAUGACAUUCUUUUCACACUGGAUUAACCCUGAAUUGAAAUGUGAAAGGCACGAAGAACCCAUUCUCCUCUCUAACUCCGAGACAGUGGCCAAACCCAGGACGAAAGAGGUUGAGAAGAAUCAAGCUUCUAAAGACCAAGAGGAUGAAGCUAACACGGAAAAGACGACAAAACACCCUAAAGACCAAGCUCUCCCUAUUAAGAACAUGUGA